AAUGUAUGGAGGGAGCAAACAAAAAUCAGGAUUUAGUCCUCAAAAUAUGCACAUUCAGGGUUCAUAUGCUAGAGGAGAGGCAUCUGAAUUAGAUAACGAUCCAAACUCAGUCUCAAUGAUUAAUGAACUACUUAUGUCAGAAGGUGAGUGGACAAGUGUUCCAGAAAUACUCAAACUAACAAUGACUGCUUUCUACAAAGUUCUCGGCUCUCAUUCUGAUACUCUUCAAGAAAUGGGUAAUGCUCUGAUUAUGAAAGCAAAUAAAGUUGAUCUGAAUAGUUUGCUCAAUACAAAGGUAAACCUUCAAGACUUCAAGCAGACAGUUGCUGACAUAAGUGAUGAUAUCGAGUCGAAAGCUAGUAUUCAUCAGGUCAAUAAAUUUAUCGAAUCUAAACUCAAUCCAGGUCUUAGUUCUCAUGGGUCCAAGCGAAGCCAGUCAGAAUAUGCUCAUCAAGUUGAAGAGAUACAAACUGAAGUGAGAGAGAUAUAUGAAGAAAUUAAGAAUAAACUGGCUGAAUUUGACAAGGCUUUAAGCAAGCAGAAAUCGCAACUUUCGAACAAAGCUGAUAUUGAUAACAUAAAUGAACUGUUAAACACUAAAGCUAAUAAAAUAACUGUUGCUGAAGCUUUGCAUCAAAAAGCAAAUAAAAAGGAAAUCGAGAAGAUCCUUGUUGACCAAAUAAAUCCAUCUGAUAUCGAUCGGAUUGUUGACCAGCUCAACGAAAAGGCCAAUAUAGCUGACCUGCACCAUCUCCAAGAUAUGAUAGAAGCCAAGACUGACAGAAAUGAUCUCAGAGAGAUGAUGAACACAUUGAGUUCUCCAGAUAAAGAGAAUGUGAACAAGUCAUUACUCAGCACACUUCAGAGGGAGAAAGAUCUUAAUACUGCUAAAAUCGAGAACCUUGAAUUAAAAAUGAAGUCUCACAUCCAAAAGAUAGAUAAUGAGCUCAAGACAGUUAUUGAUAACUUCACCUCUGGGUUGACAAAGAAAGCUGACUUCAGAGAUCUCGAAGGUAUUGGCAACAAUAUCUCCAACAAAGCUGAUAUAGAAAGCGUUGCUGAGAUGGUAGGCGACACCAAAGAUGCUGUCUUCGAGAAACUUAGGAAACUCAAAGAUGAAUUUGCCACUCAAAGAAAAGAUAUUUACGAAGAAAUAUAUGACCGGUUCAACAAACAUGAUGUUGCAAUUGAGAAAUACAAGAAGGAUCUCAAAUCUGUUAAAGACUCAAACAAAAAGAUUACUAAAGAGAAUACAUCAAUUCACUCUGAGGUUAAGGAAAUAAUCCAAUAUGAGGCAGAAGGGAUAUCUUCCAGAUUAAAAGAUGAGACAAGUAAAGCUAUCAAUGAGCUUCAUACAUUUAAGGCUAAAGUAGAUAAAGAAUUAGCAAAGAAAGCUAAAAAGUCUGAUUUGAAGGAGAUUAAAAAUGAUCUUGAACAGAUGCUGGAUUCUAAGGCGAAUGAAGUAGAGACUCAGAAAACUGUGAAUAACCUUAAUACUAAUCUUGUAAAUAGACUAAUGAAUACAAAAAUUGAGCUUCAGAAUAGUUUGACUCACCUUCAGGAUUCGCUCAAGACUGAACUUUCUCACAAGUGAAAUGUCGAUGAAGUAAACGAAAUGUUGAGCUGUAAAGUUGACACUCAUUAUUUCAAACAGUUGCUUGGUCAAAAAUCUGACAAGGGUGAUAUUGAGACAUUAAAGAGUAUCAUUGACAGAAUUAUCAGGGAAGUUGACAUGAAGAUUAAUUCAAAAGAACUUCAGCUUCAUAUAGACUCAACAAGAUCAUCUAUUGAAGAUAUGACUAAAGAAAUUUUUCAAAAGGCUCAAGCUAAGGAUUUGUUAAAACUUGAUGAAGAGAAAGCAAGCAGAGAAGAGAUGGGAAGAAUCUUCCAGAACAUUACCAGAGAUAUCCAAGAAAAAGUCUCAGCACAAGAUGUCAAAGCUUCUUUUGAUGAGCAAGCUCUUAUUAAUGAAGCUCUAUGCUCAGAGAACUGUCUUGGAAGAUGGGUUUGGAAAUCAGGAGAGCUGAAAGCUUCCUGAUUAAUUCCAUGGGAGGUCCAAUGAGUAAAUACCUGUCCUGAUAAUUUCAUAUGGGAAAAAUAGCACAAGCAUUAUCUGCAUUUCACCCGGACUUUAUGAACUGUGUAUGGGAAUAUUUUCUAAGAAGAAUCCUAAUGUUCAAGUUCAGGUAAAUGGUGAGGGUAUUUUUACUUUGUUUAAAGACUCUGAUACUAUCGAGAGACAUAAUUCAACAAAAAUCAAAGAUUUGGGCACUCAUUCUGCUGGAAAUAUAACUGGUCUCACUCACACAGAUUAUAUAUCUCUUCCUGAUAGAGCAAGAGUUUCGGUUAUCUUUGAUGGAAUUGCCAAAGCAGAAGGAUUUAUCAGUCUAAAGAAAUUAUAAUGUUGAAAAUAUAAUUCUAUUUCAAUUUC